AUGACCACUUUUCACAGCAGAUUAUGUGCAAUUUCAAUUGUCGAGUCCGAGGAGUCACCAUCCGACUCCUCUCCACCAACCGACGACCGACCAAUUGAGGUCUUUGUCGUAGACACCUCGGACUCGACGCCAAGUAUUCCCUCUUCUUCAACUUCUUCAUCCUCAUCGCGCAACAGCUCAAUAUCAAGAUCACGUUCACCAAAAAAGCACCGUAAACUCCGCAAGAAACGAAGCGUUUCGAAGAAAAGUGUGCAUGUGAUCUACAAAUCUCUCAAUCAUAAGCGACGAAUCAGGAAAAACACAGCAAAGCGUAUGGAUGAAUCGGUUAAAAGAAUCGUGAUGAAGAGUGAGAAAGAAUCGAGUGAACGGAUGAAAAACCUCAAUCGCCGAUUAGAAAAUAUGACACAACGCGUUCGUCUUGAGUGUGAACAACUGCACCAAAGGAUGGCUGCUCGUCGAAAUGCCAUCCAGCUUUAUUCACUAGCACAGCGCUUCGAUUUUAUGAAUGAAGAUGAAGAUUUGUUCUUUAUCAUUGAAAAUCAU